CAAGAUUCGAAGAGAAAACCGACGUGUUGGCCAUUAUUGCUGGAAGUGAUUCGGUGAUCGUACUAGCAGCGAACAUUAGCAACUAAAACAUAUUUCAUAACACUAAAUAUGGCAAACCCUAAAGAAAAAGACCCUGUGGACAUAGUUCACCAGAAUGCUAUUCAUGUCGAGACAAUAAUGAAGGAGCUGAGACACCAGAAGCUUUACACUGAGUUUAACAUCAACCCCUUCAAAAAACUGCACAUUCUGACUGACAAGCCCAUGUCCAACAUCGCCUACAGAAAAGAAGAGGAGGACCCUGCUUUUGUCCAGGCCAUAAACAGGGCCCAUCUGGAGCCCACAAAAAAGUACUCUCACCCUCAAACUGAAGCACAAGAGAUAGGAUGGAUAGCAAGUCCUUUAAUUGCCUCAGAUCGCAGUGACAGAAGAUUAAAUUUUCCACGACAGAACUCUGAAAUCACUAAAUACAUGGACGCUGCAUGGCGGUUGAAGGAGCAAACACAAAAUUUGUGAUGGCAGUUUUAGUUAUAUGUUCCUGAUGCCAUAUACACUGUGUACACUACACCAGAUAAAUAAGUCUAGUUAUCAUCUGUGACCAUUGCAAAAUGGCCAUUCUUUGUUAUCACAAAUAAACACAAAAAUUGCACAAGUACAAAUAUAUUUUAGAGAACACUCACUAAUACAGAUAUGGCAAGGUUGGGUUUGCACAGAGGCUGCAGGUCUCAAAAUCCCAUGAGCUGCCCACCUAGACAGUGUUUUUGCCAUUUUGCAAGGCAGGUUAUUCGAUUUUAAGACACAGCCAGGGUGUUUAGAAUUUCAGUGGUGUAUCUAGAGAUACGUUAAAGUGGGUCAGAUGGCCACCAUUCAUCACUAUGAAUGUGACUGCUCCUGUCCUGCAGAAUCUCUGCAUAGUAAGCAAAAAAGAUUAGUUCAUAACUAAUCGAUCUUAGAUAAUGCCAUAUUAUACAGAAAUAGGAUUCACACAGCUUGUUUUGCAAAUGUGACUUUUUCACAAGAAAAAUCCAUAACUGUGACCAUAAUCCACUGGCGGUUUAUUGGAACAUAUUACACAUAAUGUAUCAGCCACUCAGGUCAGGAUUUAUUACAUUACUUCCCCCAAAAGAAAUUCCCUUUAUAUGAAGAUACAGUAAUAUUUUUGUUGUUUUUUUCUUACAGAAAUGCACUGAAAUCUCAUGUACUCAGUUUUUGUCAAAUAAAAUCAGGACUUAGUUCACACUAAAAUAAAAAUUCUGUCAUAAUUUAUUUACCCUCAUUUUGUUCCAAACCUGCAUCGAGUUGCUUCUUAUGCUGAACUCAAAAGAAUACUGGUUUCUAAACAGGUGCUGGUAGCCAUUGACUUUCAUAGUAUUUUUUCCCCAUACAAUGGAAGCCAAAGGCUACCGGCAACUGUUUGUUUACCAACAUUUUUCUAAGUAUCUUCUUUUGUGUUCAACAGAAGACAGAAAGUCAUACAGAUUUGCAACAACAUGUAAAGUAAAUGAUGACAGAAUGUUCAUUUUUGGGUGGACUGUUACUUUAAUGUUAUAGAGGAAUGGAAGGAUGUAUCCCUGGAUAACCGAAAAUGUACAAUAAAAACAUCUCAAUGUAGCGCUUUUUUAAAUAUCUUUUUUAUUAAAGGGGUGGUUUACUGCGAUUUCACUUUUUUCAUUUUAAAUAGUGUGUAAUGUUGCUGUUGGUGCAUGAACAGUAUCUGCAAAGUUGCUGCGCUGAAAGUUCAAUGUAAGCGGAGAUAUCGUCUUUUAAAAAUCAGGAAGUUUAAUGCCUACAAAAACGACUCAUAUGGGACUACAACGAGAUACUUCCCGGGUUGCAUACGUAAAAAACCCAUAAAUUUGCAUCAACCCCUCCCUCCGGAACAUGCCAAAGAGGGGGCAAGGCCAUGUUCUGCGGCUUUGUCGAAGAGGAAGAGUUAUAGUGGAGAGUUGUAGCCAUGCCGUCGAAACGGUGUUAUUUUCACCCAGCUGUCAGGUCUUCUGUGUUCGGGCUUCCUACUGAUGCUGUAGUUCGUCAACAAUGGUUAAAAUUUAUGUUUGAUUAUGUUCCUGACAAUUACAAUCCUAAUUUAGCUCUCUGUGCUGCGCAUUUUACGGAAGACAGCUUCCAGAAUCAAGAGAGUUCAGAGUUCAAUGCCGGAUUCACACAGAAACUAUUACUAAAACAUGGAGCAGUUCCAACUUUAAAACCAGAGGCAGCAGUUGUUGGGCCACAACCUGUAAGUAAGAUUUCAUAAUUUUAAAU